AUGAGUUGCCCGGAUUUUAUGCGAUGGGUCGUUGAACGGGGUGCUCAGAAUUUUGGUGUCUAUGCUGAGCAGUGUCUGGGUGAGGCUGGAAAGGGAUUAUUCGCCGGAACGGAUUUUCGUGAAGGUGAAAUCCUAAUGUGCGUUCCUUCCAGUCUCAUUAUCACUGCCGGGGUGGUUGCCGAUAUGGCAGGAUAUGAUGGUUUGUUCAAAAGGUUAAUUCUCAUUUGA